AUACAAUCUCCUUUGCUAGUACCAGUAGCUGCGAAGUGACCUCUGAGGAGUGCAGCUUGUAGCUUGCAUUCGUUUCCCUGACCACACACUGUGGACGAUUCCUGGUCUACUUUCAGAAGAUUACCAAUCCUUGGUGGAAGACACAAGGCAGCAUGUCGACUCAAACAUCGGACCAGGAGAUAUGCCAGGCCGUUCUAGACUUCGCGGCUGAAGGCACAUAUCCGGACUCAGAGCAGAUUGUAGCUGCCGAGUUUCCGCAGUCAGCGCUUGCAAAAGAAUUGGAGCUCAUUACGAAAGCCAGGGACCAAGUGGAAGCGGAGAUCAGCUCGCUGAGCCGGGAAAAUGAUUUUGAUGCCGAUGGGUGGAUAUCCCAAGCAAAGCAGCUUCAUGCAGACCUCGAAAAAUCGAGACUUACGGCGCGGGAGAUUGUUAAGCAGCAUGAGAAUACCGGACCUUUACAAUCGAAAAUCGAAGAUGCUACUGCAAAAGCGGGGUUGAUCGAGAAGGAGAUUGUUUUCAACCAGGCUGUAACAAGCACACUUGAGGAGGUGCAAAGGCUCUGUCAACAGCUCGAUACCUGUCGAACCCUAUAUAAAGAGGGAAAUAUCAUAGCUGCCAUCGAUACUCUAGAAGCGGUUGAUCAUGCUGUAAACCGAGACAGCUCCUUCCGGAACACCAAUGUAAUGGGGAUACUUCUGGAGAACAUAGCAGGUUUGCGCCGAGAAAUUAUCGACUUCCUUCACGUUCGCUGGGAUGAAGUAUUACUGGUUGACCAGAGCGAGGGUAAACUGGUGGUCUCUGAGAAUACGUUGGAAGAAACUAUUUCAGCUUUGACCCUCCUCGAUGAAUUUACUCCAGCGAACAAUAGAUUUCAAAAGGGCUUGUUCCUGGCGAUUGUAGAUCCGCUAUUGCUACCUGAUGUGGAUGGCUACAGCCACGAAAUUAAUAUAGACAAAUGUUCUGUCCAUGUUGGCCCUGAGCCAUCGCGAGUUACAGUUUCGGAGCUUUUGGGCCGCGUAGCCAAAGUCCUUGGCUUCCUCCACCAGCACCUUCCAACGGCCGUUCUCAGUUCAUUUUCAGACUCGUUCAUCCCUACCCUCUCAUCGAGAAUCAUAUCUCAUUGGCUGUCGUCCGCCAUACCUACAGAGCUUGAUGGCCUACAGGAAUUUGAAAGUAUCUUGAACGAGGUUCUUGAAUUCUCGAAGACCAUCGAGGCGUUCAAUUGGCAUGGGCAAGAAGAACUUGUCUCAUGGGUCAAUCAAGCCCCUCGCCUGUGGCUCACAAGGCGACGAGUCGACUCCUUGGACCAGGUUCGCAAAGCGCUUGCUGCCAGCAAGGGGAACACACGCCAGGUAGAGAGAGUUGAAAAGAAGCAAGUGUCUGAAACAGACGAGGUUCUGCUAGAGAACUCAACGUCGGAUGAUUGGGAUGCCGGCUGGGAUGAUGACAAAGAAGGCGAAACUGGCCAUACAGUUGAUGAGGAUGUUAGUGCAUGGGGCUUUGAUGAUGACACCAGCGACGCAGUGGAUUCGAAACCCGAGACGAGUACGAGUACUGAGGAUGACGAUGUAGGGGAUGCCUGGGGUUGGGGAGAGGAUGAGGAUGAUCAACCUUCAGUAGAAAUCACCCAGCCAAAGGCAUCAACCAAAUCUGCUAAUGGCGACAACACCGCUAAAACUCUCCCCAAAGAAGUUACCUUGAAGGAAACUUACACUGUCACUGAUGUCCCCGAUUGUAUCAUCGAAAUUAUUCGGCGACAGAUCUUGGACUCCGAGGUUAUAUCUCAACCUACGCAAUCCCAUCCCCUUGUUGGUUCCUCUGGGGCUGGCCUGCUCGCUCUUCCAACGCUUAUUCUGGCCAUGUUCAAAGCAACUGCUCCAUCGUUCUAUAGUCUCAAACCGAAGGCGGGUCAGAUGCACUUGUACAAUGACAGCUUAUAUCUCGCAGGCCAGGUACAUCAAGUGGCAGAGGAACACCAACUGCCCAGACUUCACACGGAUAUUGAAGCUCUGGAGAAGUUUGGCAAAUUCGCUUAUAGUAAAGAGAUGCAAACUCAACGAACAAUUGUCACCGACCUGCUUGAUGGAGCUCAGGGCUUUAGCCAAUGCUCGGAACAACCUUUUCUUGGGGAAUGCGAAAACGCAGUUAGUGCAACUGUUGAAAGGGUUCGGUAUGUUUUUAAGGAGUGGCAGCCGAUAUUAUCCCAUUCUGCACUUCUCCAGUCAAUUGGGUCACUAGUCUCGACGGUGAUUAAUAAGCUUAUUAUCGACAUUGAGGACUUGGGCGACAUCUCCGAAUCGCAGUCUCAAAGACUUGUUUCGUUCUGCAAUUCCAUCUCGAACCUAGAGAAUCUGUUUCUGCCCGAGAACUCGGAUAAUGCCGAGUCUAUUCCUCUGACCGCAGUUUAUGUGCGAGGUUGGCUCAAAUUCCAAUAUCUGGUCAACAUCCUUGAAAGUUCGCUCGCUGAUAUCAAGUUUUUGUGGGUGGAUGGGGAGCUAUCUCUGGAGUUCUCAGCGGAUGAAGUUGUCGAUCUGAUUGAAGCCCUAUUCGCUGAAUCCGACUAUCGGCGAAAAGCCAUUGCUGACAUUCGGAGAGUCUCCAGAGGCUGAAAGCGAAGUGCUCAGUAGUCACUUGUAUAUAAAUUAAAGCGCAAUAAAUCCAUUUAAUCUUGUUAUGC